CUGGAAAGAAGUUAGCUGUAAACACCAGCAGGAUACCAGCGUCUACCGUGGUCUCCGUCACUGCCUGCUGUCUGGUCUGGCUCCUGGCGGCGUUCGUAGCCUGUCCUCUCAUCUUCUACCGCUUUUUCGUCGACAGACUGUGGGUGGACUACGAGGAGAGUUUCUGUGCAGAGGAGAGGUGGGUGACAAAGGAGUACAUGCCCAGCGUGGUAGUGGGUCUCAUAUGGCUGCCAAUGAUCUUCCUCGUUAUCGCCUACAUGAUCAUCUUCUGCAAGCUGGACCAACACGAAGCUUCAGUGAGGGGUCGGGAACACCCUCUGGCCCAGAGGAGACGUCGUCGUCUUCUUUCCCUCAUGUUUGUGGUGUUACUCGUCUACCUGGUCUGCUACGCACCAUUCACCAUCUUCCUUAUUGUCAGGGCCUUCACUGUGCACUCCUCUGAAGAUGUAAGUAACUUACUAUCGCCGUUAGAUGAGAAUACUGGUGAAGGCUCGAUUGUGCAGCCACGAAGAUAAGCUACACAAGAUCAAAUUUAUUAAUCAAAACAAAAUAUUAAUUUACACACACUACGUAACCAAUAAAAGUGCAUCGAAGACUUGUCUAUGCUAAAUAAUAACACAUGGAGACAGUAACACAGAAAGCUAAUUGAAUGGCGAUGCCAACAAGGAGUGAGACAAAAUGCUAAGGUAAGAUAAUGCACAAUUUAGGAUCUCUGCUAAAAAAAUGUUUGGCCAACAGUGGCUAAAGUAUACUACUAGUCAUGA